AGCCGCAGCUUUCGGGCGCCUCGCGCCCCUGGGCCGUGGCUGCAGUUUCUGGCGCGGCCGCGCGGCGCAACGGCCGGGGCGUCCCCGUUUCCCCCCCCCGUGUCGAGGCGCUAUGGCCAGGAAGGACUCGGCGCAGGCCGCGCCCAGCGAUGUCGUGGACUGCGAGGUCCCCGACUGGAUGGGCUGCGACCUCUCCGUCUGCCGGGUGCUGCAGGACACGAGCAUGCAGAUAGCGGCCAACAUCCGGGCGCUGGGCAAGCAGCUGCACGGUGCGUGCGGCCAGGCCACGGCGUGCCUGCCCGCGCCGGAGCCCGGCGGCGAGGCCCCUUUCGGUUGCGCCGACGAGUGCUUCACGUUCCUGCGGGCCUUCGACGCGCUCAGCGGCGCGCUGCUCCUGCUGGCGGGAGACCUGGAGCUCGGCGUCGCGGCGCCUCUGCAGAAGACCAUCCUCACGCUGCAGGAGGAGAGUUCGGGCCGCACCAAGCACUGGCAGCAGGUGCGCAGGAGGUUCGCUGAGCUGCAGGAGCGCUACCGCCGCAGCCAGAGAAAGUCCAUGGAGGCCCGCAGGUCCCUGGAGGGCAGUGCCGUGGGCGACGCUGGCGGCUGGUUCGCUGGCAGGAGCAGGGCCAGUGCGCCGUCCACGCGGGCCGCCUCGGAGCAGCACGCCGCGCUCUGCGAGCUGGCGCGGUGCGAGGAGGAGCUGCUGCGCAGCGAGGCAUCCCUGCGCAGCUUCGAGGACGAGUCGCGCGAGCGGCUGGUGCAGCUGAACCUCGAGAAGUGGCAGCGGAUGGGCGAGGCGCUGUCCCAAGGCGCGAGCUCCCUGCGGCGCCUGCUGCCGGCGAUCACCGGUAAGGACGCGCCCGACCAGGAGGCUCCCGCAUGGAAGGGCGUGAUCCCGCCGUCUGGGGCCCCGUUGGAGUCGAAGAAUUGGGAAAGGGAGAUGGAGUGCCCUCUGGCCCGCUGGAUUGACCGAUUGACCGCGCCAUGGACCGCCUACCUCUUUGCCGCGGGCAAGAUCAUUGCACCUUCAGUCGGCCCCUCCACGGCGCCUGCUCGCGCGCCCGAGAGGGCGACGGGCGCGGCCGUGCCUGGGGAGAUGGCCGCCGCUGCGACCGAGCGGCUGGGCGAUGGCGCGCCCGACAGGCACGCCGCCCGCGAUGCCGCGCCAUGGGCGGCAGACCGCGCGCGGCAGUUGCGUAGCCCCGCGGCCCGCGGCGCGGCCCCGGCCACGGCCUCGCCCGUCGCGCUCGCGGAUGGCCGCGACGAGCACGGCUCAGACGCCUGCGCCUCCGCCGCCAACUCGCCGCCAGGCAAGGGCAGCAAGGAAAAAGGGCAAGCAGACGGAGGCGCCCGCGGCCGAGCCCGAGAGGCUUCAAGAAGACCCGUCGCGGUGGUCAAGGGCAAGAAGACGCGGCGCCAUAAUUGCGCUGCCUCGCAGCAGAAGAAGAAGCAGGCCGCGGCAGACGACGACGACGGGGAGAAGGCCCCGAUCACCCCCCCGCGCGCGGACGCCGCGGAGCCUGCAGCGGACCACGCCUCAGAGGCCGCGAAGAAGCCCGUCCACGAGGACGACUUUCGCACCAGCGAGGGGGAGGACAAGGACUGA